CUUUUCAAUGCCUUCAUAUAUAGAUGUAAAACGAUUCCAAGUAUAAUGAACUUUCAAAACAUGAAACAUCGAUUUUUGUAUAUGAGACAUUGACAAGAGGCAUGACGAGAACAAGAGUUCGAGCUGUGACCCAUCAAGAUCUUGUUCCAAACCCUAAAACCACCGAUCUGAGCAGUAAAACUGGUAUUUUCGUCGUGGUUUUGACCAUAAUCUUUGGCCUCUCUUGCUUUGUUCUCUGUCUCUAUGCAGAAGCCACAAGAUCUCAGGCUACAUGGGGAAGCAGCACGUGCGUGUACAACAGUAACGGAAAAACACCGUUAUUGUGCGGUACGAUUGCGUUCGUGGGACUAGCGGUGGCGAUGGUAGGCUUGCACAUGUACUUACUUAUCGCAGUCACCACAUCGCCGCCGCUGGUUUUGGAAACGUGGGAUCCUGACUCUAUUCCUGCCAAGACGCUCACUUUUCAAGCAGCCUUCUUCUUCGUCUCAACGUGGCUUUGCUUUGGUGUUGGAGAAGUUCUACUGUUGGUGGGACUUAGUGUGGAAUCAGGACAUCUAAAGAACUGGUCUAAGCCAAAACCUAGUUGCUUAGUAAUCCGACAAGGCUUGUUCUCUGCCGCAGGAGUGAUCUCGCUUCUAACUGUCUUUCUAGCCACGGGACUUUACCUAACGGCUCUUCAAGCACAUAGAAUCUCUAAAGAUCUUGAAAAUACACAUAGAGAAAUUAUCGAGGCAUCAGUGCUUUAUGCAUCUCCUCCAAGAUCGCCCACGAAUCGGAUGGCUACGGUGGCUCGAGAAGGUCCUGCUACGGUUAGAGAUGGAUCUACGUCUUUGGAAUAUCUUGUUUCUUUAAAGCAACUUGCAUAUAUAGUAUAGUCUACAUAGUGUAUAGAAGAUAAGUUAUAUACUAAUUAACAUUAUUAUUCCAGCUGAUAAAAAGGAUAAAGAUAUUGACUCUUUACACAUUCGAUUAAUGCAUUAAGAUGAAAUGUGUGCUAAAUGUUUAUAACAUCCUAUACAUUAUACCAAUGUGUAAAUAAAACCAAACUUUUAUUAAAGAUCAUAAUUACCGCAAUGAUGUUUAGACUGCUUUCUUUGUUAUGCUUGG